AUAAAAUCCUAUUUCUCUUUCUUCCCCUCUUCCAUAAUUUUUUCCUCUCUCAAAAUGCUCCCAUACCAUACCCUUGAAGAAGCACAAGUUGCCCUAGGCAGAGGACUAACCCUUGCUGAGACACUAUGGUUCAAAUACUCUGCCAAAAAACCUGAUUUUGUUCUUCAUUUCCACAAUACUCUAUUCUUGUGCUUAUUUUACUCUAUAGCCCCAAUUCCAUUCUUAUUAAUGGAGCUUGGUGGGUAUGAAAAACUAAACAUACACAAAAUUCAGCCCUCGGUGAAGAGAUCAUUCAAGGAAAUGUUCAAGUGCUACAAACAUGUCAUAGUAACCUUUGCCAUUGCAGUUAGCCCACUACAGAUAAUUUCUUAUCCCACCAUCAAGUGGAUUGGGAUCAGAACUGGUUUGUCACUGCCAUCAGGCUGGGAAUUAUUUUGGCAAUUAUUAAUUUACUUUGUCAUAGAAGAUUUUUCGAAUUAUUGGAUUCAUAGGAUGCUCCAUUGCAAAUGGGCAUUUGAGAAGAUCCACAAGGUUCAUCAUGAAUAUGAAGCACCAUUUGGGCUCUCAGCACCUUAUGCCCAUUGGGCCGAGAUAAUCAUAUUGGGUAUCCCCUCGUUUCUAGGCCCAGUCCUGGUUCCAGGGCACAUAACAACCUAUAGGCUAUGGUUCAUUUUGCGACAGCUAGAAGCCAUCGAAACUCAUAGCGGGUAUGAUUUUCCUUGGAGUCCCACAAAAUAUAUACCAUUUUAUGGAGGGCCUGCAUACCAUGACUACCAUCACUACGUUGGUGGAAAAAGUCAAAGCAACUUUGCCUCAGUAUUUACCUAUUGUGACUACAUUUACGGGACCCAUAAGGGAUACCAAUACAGAAAGCAGAUGCGCAAAUAAAAUUCUACUAAUACCUUCAUUGCCCAAAAUUACAAGAUGGAGUAGCUGUGCUAAGCUUUCAACUUUAAUAAUGGCUAUAUGUUAAAUAAAUAAAUAAAAAAGUUGAGAUAAACAUUUAAUUCCUACCAUAUGAAAGAUGAGCAUUUAAAAAUGGCCUUAUAUUACAAGAUGGAAGGAUUAGGUGAUUUUGAUACUACUUCUAUGUUCACGUCCAAGUGUCUAACAUCUUAAAAUUCAGAGUAAUUUAGGUAUAAACUGCUUUAUAUAUUUUAUUUUUGUGCAUCUAUAUAUCACUAUCUAUUUAUAUAUGU